GAGGGGAGAAGCUCUGCGGCGUGCACCCGUUCAUUCAUCAUGGUGGAGAAAUUCUUAGGGACCUGGAGGAUGAUGGAAAGCAAGAAUUUCGAUGACUAUAUGAAAGGGCUUGGUGUCGGCUUUGCCACUCGACAAAUAGCAAAUGUCACCAAACCCACAACUAUAAUCUGCUUAGAAGGGGACUAUAUUGUGCUGCGGACACAGAGUGCUUUCAAGAACACCGAGGUCAAGUUUAAGCUGAAUGAAGAAUUUGAUGAGACCACAGCAGACGAUCGCAAGGUUAAGUCCGUGGUGACCUUGGAAGAUGGCAAACUAAUUCAUGUGCAGAAAUGGGAUGGGAAGGAGACCACACUACUAAGAGAAGUCGAUGGUGACAAGCUUGUCUUGACCCUUACCCUGGGAGAAGUUGUCAGCACACGUCACUAUGAAAAGGCCCAAUAACUCGUCACUUCUGUGUAACACCCUUGUUUUGUUCAGUUCAGAGUUGAAUGUCUUCAUAACGACCUCAACCCCCUUCCUUGCCCAUUUCCUCUUGCACCAAAUGGGCUCAGCAGUAUUAGAAACCUUUGUGAGAUCUCAAUGCAGCAUUUGUUAUGGACCUGGUAAGUUAUUUCUAUUACAGUGCCAAAGACUACUGCUUCCAGGAUCUUGGGGUAUAAACAAACUGCAUGGAUACUUCCUGGUACACUCAACAAUUUCAUACUGUUGCUAUUUAUGGCUUGAGAUCUACUGCCUCAUUUUCUAACAUUUGUUUCACCUGAAGCUCGUGUUGCUGACUGUAUGGCAAUCUGUCAAUAAGUAUAGUGCACACAGGCAUAAUUUUAGAUAAAAGAAUUAAAAGAGAUGGCCAACUGUUAAUGUGCUCAUCCUUAAAGGCUAUGGAUAACUUCACCUUUCACAGUAGCCAGCUAUAGAAUGCCAUAAGUGAAAUCCAUCAGAUAUUGUCUGACAGGUCAGUCUCUAACAUCUCUUGUACAAUCUUGUAAGGUGAUUUAUAACCAAACUAAAGUUGAACUUUGACUUGGUCAUAAAUUAGCUUAGAAGAUCACUCGCAGGAAGUGGGAGAGGAGCUGGAGCUGCUGUCAGUUGAUCUGUUGGAUUUCACCAUGUGCGGCAUUCUGCAGCUUGCUAUAAGAUCGUGAUGCCUAAAAUCUUCAGAAGCCAAAUGGUGCAACGGUGUUUGUUUUGUUUUUCAGCCAAAAUAGCCUUUAAGAGCUACUGAUCUUGUAAUCUGAUACUUUACCAGAUUGUGGCUUAAGUUAAACAUUUCUGUCGCCAAAGAUCUGGAGUACACUAAAUGUUUAUCUAUAUUGCUUAAAAGUGGUUCUCCAGGAAU